UAAGCCCCCUCUUUGCGGGGCAAAAACCGCCCAAAUUCAAAGCGGGAACGGCAAGCUGGGGGAGUUAGCGGCGCCUUGGCCCCAGCAACUCUAUGGUCGACAGCCGCCAGACCUUCGCUGCCCUUGGAAACAGCCGGAGGCUAGACCGGAAACAGGAAGUUCUGUCUGGCCCUGUAGUUCUUUGUAGCCUUUCGAGGGUGGCUUGGCGAGUGCCCACGUGCCUAGGGGAAGACGUGUGUGCCGGAGGAGAGGGAGGCAGCCGGAAGUCUCCAGAGCGCCCCCCCCCCCCACGAAAGCCUUGGUCCGGCAUGGAAGGGACUGCGGGGGUGGCCCCCAUCAGAGCCCAGUACCUCACCACAAAAGAGGAGUUUCAUUCUUACCUCGAUCAAAAAGGGGACCCAAAAAAUAAUAAAGGGGACAUUGAGGGUCAUGAUGAUGACGGAAAGAAGGAUGUCAACAUUGACCUUCCGGAACCUCCUACCAAGCUGCAGAAGCUGGAAGAAGCUGGAAAGGAAGGAAGUCUGCCAGAAGAGGCAGUUGAACCCCUGAAGAAAUCUGGCCGGAAGAGGGCCCGAGGACAAAAUAAGAACCGGUCGUGCAUGAAUUUCAUGCGCUAUGAGAAACAUUGCCUGUGUCCUUCAGUAAUCCAGGAACGUGCAGAGAAAUGCUUCUUCGGGCCUCGCUGCCAUUUCUUGCACGACGUGAAGGCGUACAUGGCCACAAAGCUGCCAGACCUCGGAGACAGCUGUGUGCUCUUCAAGAACUUUGGCAAAUGCAUGUACGGAGUCACCUGCCGGUUUUCUGGGGCCCACCUUGGAGACGAUUACAGGAACGUGGUCAAUGAGGAUCUUUUAAAACAGUGGGAGGGGAAGACUGUAGUGAAAAACAGCCUCAGCAAGGAACUCCAGCAGCGGCUCCGCAAGAAGCAAGUGCCCUUUGAGAACUCCAACCGAUACCUUCGCUGCUUGGGCAAGCCCAACCGGGCAGCCCCGGGGGAGAAUGAUGUGGCAAACGGUUCCCUUUCCAAAGGGAGUGCAGAAGUUCCUAAAGAGAAGGGACUGGAGGUGGAUGGUGUGCCGGAGAGAGGAGGGUCCAUAUCGGGAGGUCCCCACCCACCGGGGGAUCAUGCUCUCGCAACGUCUGGUGCCAUCACAGAUGAAGAUGUCGUCAAACUGAGGUCUUGCGAGAAGAAAAAGUUGGAUCUUCAGGGCAAGCUCUACCUGGCCCCUCUGACAACGUGUGGCAAUCUCCCAUUCCGGAGAAUAUGCAAGCGCUUCGGAGCCGACGUCACCUGUGGCGAGAUGGCUGUGUGCACCAACUUGCUCCAGGGCCAGUCGUCAGAGUGGGCGUUGCUGAAGCGGCACCAGACCGAGGACCUCUUCGGCGUGCAGCUGGAAGGCGCCUUUCCAGACACCAUGACCAAAUGUGCGGAGCUGCUGAAUCGCACCAUUGAGGUGGAUUUCGUGGACAUCAAUGUUGGCUGUCCGAUAGACCUGGUGUAUAAGAAGGGCGGAGGAUGUGCCUUAAUGAGCCGCACCAACAAGUUUGAACAGAUCGUCCGAGGCAUGGACACGGUCUUGGAUGUCCCCCUGACUGUGAAGAUCCGGACCGGAGUCCAGGAGAAAGUCAACCUAGCCCACAAACUCAUCCCCAACCUCCGGGAGUGGGGGGCCUCCUUGGUCACGCUCCACGGCCGGUCGAGAGAGCAGCGCUACACCAGGGGGGCAGACUGGGAGUACAUCGCCGAGUGUGCCAAGCUGGCCAGCCCAAUGCCCCUUUUCGGGAACGGAGACAUCUUGUCUUACGAAGAUGCAAAUCGAGCCCUGCAGACUGGAGUUUCAGGGAUCAUGAUUGCGAGGGGCGCGCUGAUCAAGCCGUGGAUCUUCACGGAGAUCAAGGAGCAGAGGCACUGGGACAUUUCCUCUGGCGAAAGACUGGACCUCCUCAAGGACUUCAGCAGCUUCGGCCUAGAGCACUGGGGGUCGGACACGCAGGGCGUGGAGAAGACCCGGAAGUUCUUGCUGGAAUGGCUUUCUUUCCUGUGCAGGUACAUUCCAGCCGGCCUCCUGGAACGUCUUCCGCAGCGGAUCAACGAGCGGCCUCCGUACUACGUGGGCCGAGACUACCUGGAGACCCUCAUGGCGAGCCAGAACGUGGGGGACUGGAUUAAGAUCAGUGAGAUGCUUUUGGGUCCCGUUCCUGCCAACUUCACCUUCCUGCCGAAGCACAAGGCAAAUUCGUACAAAUAGCACUCAGGGUGACGAGGAGAAGAGCACCGAAUGUCGUUUCUGCCCGGGAGGCAAAGGAGCGUUUCGGCCCUCUGCUGGCUUUACAUUAAAAGAACAUUUCCUAUU